AUGGCAGGAAUCAAAGUCUUUGGCCAUGCUUCUUCUACACCAACCAGACGCGUUCUUAUAGCUCUUCACGAGAAAAAUCUCGACUUUGAAUUCGUUCAUGUCGACCUCAGAGAUGGUGAACACAAGAAAGAGCCUUUCCUCUCCCUCAACAUACUGAAUCUUUGUAUGAAAAUCUUUAAACUGUGUGGUCAAGGAUGUGGUAUUCCGUGA